CACCAGCCAAGAUUUGACUUCCGUCGCAGCGGAAACCCUUCGUUUCCGACUUUAGAUGGGACUAAUCCUAUGCCUUCUCUGUCUGAUUGUUCGUUUGCAUUGUAAUUUAGUAUUGAUCUUUUGUUAACCUAGAAUGAGUUGGCAUAUCGCCAGAAUUCGCCUGAAACCAGGGACCAACUUUUUAUGAGCGUUGUCUAAAACUUGAAAUCUGCCAAAUAAAAACAUGAUUGAUGAAAAUUUCCUUCAAUUAGGAAAGUGCACGCAUCUAGAGGGCAACAAUUGCGUGACACUACAUUAGUUGGGAUUGGACAGAAGUGGUUGGGAAAAUGAGAUGGUGGAGAUAGCUAGGUUUGUUUGCAUAUUAGGCUAAAAAUAAUAAGAGUAAGGUCGAUGAUUAUGAUAAGGAUUAGGUGUUGACAGAGGAAGAUGCUUUUCCUACAUAAUUUCAGUAUCUUAGGUGCGAACUAAAUGAAUUGUCUUUAGAUAUCAUAGACAUGCGUUAAGUUAUGUAGUUGUUCAAAUACGUGUUUCCUACAUAAUUCCAACAUAGUUUGACUUGACUAGAGGUAGAGGGUGAGGUCCAAAAGAAGACAAGGCAAGCACUAAAAAGCAUCUGCAGAAACGCAUCUUUCGUUACUUAUCAAUCCUUUCAUUCAGCAGAAAAGCCUCUUUCGCUUCAACCUUCCCCCUCAGAUUGCCAUGGACAAAGGGCAGAGUCAGACCGAAGGAAACGAAGGGAUGCACAGUUUAGUUUGGGGGCGUUCCUUUGCGGUGCUUGUCGCUAUUGGGACGAUACUUCUCUCUAUGCUUGCAUUCAAUCUUCUCAAGAAGAAGAAGAAGAUCGCAGGGAAAGACAGCGUUAAGGGAGCAUCCCCUCCUUCGUUCAGCUCUCCAAUACCCAUAGGAGCAGGUAGCUAUCAAUACGACGUGUUCUUGAGCUUUAGAGGGUCAGAUACACGUAAGGAAUUCUCCGAUCACCUCUACCACAAUCUGGUCAACGAAGGGGUUGUGCCAAUUGGCGUGUUCAAGGACGAAGACAGCCUCCCCAUUGGUGAGGAAUUUGGUUCACAAAUUCUUGAUGCUAUCACAAGAUCUAAGAUUUCGAUCCCUAUCAUCUCCGAAAAUUAUGCCUCGAGCAAAUGGUGUCUCCGCGAGCUCAUUUGUAUGAUGGACUGCAAGAAGCGCACAUCACAAAUAGUGUUACCCAUUUUUUACAAAGUAGCCCCAUCGGAUGUGCGCCAUUUAAAAGGAAAUUUUGGGAAGGCCUUCCAUUUGGCAAAGAAGCGUUUUGAUGGGAAGGAUGUUGAGGAAGGGCAACGAGCACUUAGAGCAGUGAGUGACUUAAGUGGAUGGGAAUCUGAGGAGAUUGCUAAUGGGCAUGAAGGAGAAUUGGUGAAAGAAGUUAUCAAAGCUGUUUUAAGCAGGUUGGAAAAUGAAUUUCAGCUUGAUGUUACUAAGCGCUUAGUUGGAAUUGAUGAUCAUGUGAACAAAAUCAAGAAUUGGGUUGAUAUGCCUGCCCGUGAUGCUCGAAUAAUUGGAAUCUAUGGCAUGGGCGGAAUCGGUAAAACGACUCUUGCCAAGGUCGUUUACAACAAGCUAUUGAAUGACUUUAAGCAUCGUAGCUUUCUUCCAGAGAUUCGAGAAAGAGCUCACCGUGACGGUAUUCCUUAUCUACAAAAUCAACUAAUUAAGGACAUACUGCCAAAUGAACAUGAAGUUUGUACAGUUGAUCGUGGAAUUAGUUUGAUCAGAUCUAGAUUCAAAGUAAAAAAGGUUCUAAUUGUUCUGGAUGAUAUAGACCACAAAAAUCAACUAGAUGCUUUGUCUGGAGAGCGGAAUUGGUUUAUGACAGGAAGUAUUAUCAUUAUUACAACUAGAAACAAAGCUGUUCUUGAUCAAUCUGAAUUCGAGGUAGACUAUCCGUAUGAAUUGAAUGAAAUGGACGUGGUGCAUUCUUUGCUUUUAUUUAAGAGACAUGCAUUUCGUAUGGACCAUUCUCCGACAGAUUUUGAGGAUAUCUCUCGUGAAAUCAUAUCCACCAUGGGUGGGCUACCCUUGGCUCUUGAGGUCGUUGGUUCAUACUUGUUUAGAAAAACAAAUCGAAAUGUAUGGAAAGAUGUGCUGAAGCAAUUAAAAGAACGACCACAUAGAGAUGUCCAACAUAUAUUGAAGAUAAGUUAUGAUGCCUUAGAAGAUGUGCAUAAGCAGAUUUUUCUCGAUAUUGCUUGUUUCGUUAUUGGGGAAGAGAUCAAAUUUGCCAUGUACAUGUGGGAGGACUGUGGGUUUUAUCCAAGUCAAGGAAUAGAAGAAUUGAAGCUGAGGUGCUUAAUAAAAAUUCGAGGUGAUGGUUAUUUUAGGAUGCAUGAUCAACUGAGAGAUUUUGGAAGGAGCAUCUUUUGCCAAGGGCAACCGCCCGAGAGAUGUCUGAAACUAUGGGUCAACCAAAUACCCUUCAUUGCGGGACCGCUGAUUCAGACCUUCUUUCCUAUAAUCCGCCCGGGUUACAUCGUUUGGCCCCAGGGCUGUCGCUCUACAUACACAAGUGAACUGUUCAAAAACUUACCGAGCUCAAGGUUCCUUCAAUUGUGUUGGAAGGAUUUAAGUGGAGACUUUAACAAACUGUUUGUUGAAUUAAGAUGGCUUCGGUGGUUUUACAUUGAACCCAAUAUGUCUUCUUUGGCGAUCAAUUUGCAUCUAUAUAACUUAGUGGUGCUGGACUUGUCACGAAACAAGCUCACAGAGGAUUGGGUAGGAUGGAGUUCAAUCAUGGUGGCAAAGCGGUUGAAAGUUCUCAACCUUGCAGAUUGUGCUAAUAUAAGAUGUACUCCUGAUCUCUCAACUUUCACAGAGUUAGAAAUUCUCAUAUUGAGAAGUUGUUAUAGACUAAAGCAAGUACACCCUUCUAUUGGCAAAGUGAAGAGCCUUGUUUCUUUGGACUUGAGUCACUGUUGGCAUCUCAAGAAGAUACCAGAGGAAGUGGGCGAAUUAGAAGAACUAAAAGAACUUGAGGUAGUUUGUACUCGUAUUACAAAGAUUCCUUCGUCAAUCGGUUCUCUGAGAAAGCUGGAGAAACUGAGUGCCUGGGGUUGCAAGUCAUUGAGAGAAAUCCCUAGCUCAAUUGGGAAUCUUUCUUCUCUCCAACACCUUAACCUAGGUCAUUGUCAGGCAUUAAGAAAAAUCCCUAGCUCAAUUGGGGAUUUACAGAAUUUGCAACAUUUGGACAUGAGUUAUUGUGCGAUUGAAAAGUUACCCGGUACUAUCGGAAGGUUGCAAAAACUGCAGAGUCUAAUUCUCACAAAAUGCAGUAGUCUAAAAGGGGUUCCAAGUGAAAUUGGUGAGUUGUCUUAUCUCCAAAAACUUAGCAUAUGGGGCUGUUUCAAGCUGCGGUCGUUGCCAAAGCUUCCUUCCAGCUUAACAAAUCUGAGCAUCUCCUGUCAGAGUCGCAGGUUGCCACAGGUUUCUUGCCUAAUCCACUUGGAAGUACUCGAUCUUUUUAAUUGCAAUAUACUUGAAUACAUCCCGGAGCUUUCACAAUUAGAUCAUCUAAAAGAGUUUACAAUAGGAAAGUGCGGUUCCAUUGAUAGAUUGGACCUUUCGCAAUUAAAUUGCGUGAAACGAUUAUACGUAAAAUAUUGCGAUAAUCUAGUUGAAAUUCAGAGACUAGAUAAUUUGGAGUUCUUGGAGGAGAUACAUAUAUCACAUUGCAAGUCCAUUGAAAGGCUGAUCCUUGUCGAAGUACGGUGCUUGAAGAAAUUCACAGCUAGUCAUUGUGACAAUCUAGUCGAAAUUCGAGGUCUUGAUAGAAUGGAGUUCUUAGAGACGUUGGAUAUACGUUGUUGUGGGUCCAUUAAAAGAUUACCUGACCUAUCAUGCUUUGCGACCCUGAAAGAGUUGAAUAUCAAUGGCUGUCGCAAUCUACGUAGUGUUGAGAGCCUCGAGAGAUUCUUGUUUUGUCGAAGCAUAUACAUAGAGGAGUGCAAAUCCCUAGAAAAACUACCAAACCUGUCGAAAUUUAAAAAUUUAGAGACUUUCACGUUGAAGUGUUCGCUUCAUGUUACAGAAAUUCCUGGGGUUGAGAAAUCAAGAUCUCUAAGGCACAUGGAUAUCACAGGAUGCAAAUCAAUGCAAACUUUGCCAGAUUUGUCGGGAUGUAAGAAGUUAGGAAGUUUAGUAGCACGAGACUGCAAGAAACUUACUCAACUUCGGGGACUUGAAAAGUUGAAUAUUAUUUAUUUGGAUAUUUCUGGGUGCGACUCAUUGGAAACAAUACCGAAGUUAGCUACAACACGCGUCAUGAGAGAGUAUGGAAGCCAGCUAUAUGUAGAGGGCAAUCGAAAUAUUAUAUUGCAAUGAUAAUGAUGUAAUACAUGUUAUACCCAUAUUACAAUAAUGAGACGAGCCAUCUUUCCUUUACAAAGGGUUCCAUACUUUCCUAAGCUCCUAGUCUUACAUAAUUGAAGGAUUGGGGGAGUUGGUCGUAGAAGCUGACUUGAUGAAUAAGCCAAGAUCAAAAUGUAGACCCAAAUGUUGGUCUACACACAAUAGAAGGCAUUGGUCAUCUUCCAGAUAUGGCUAUGUUUUUUAAUUUAUCCUUCCAAUUGUAGCUUUUGCAGACUGCAAUAAGAUUAGUGCCUCCUGAGGCAACGAAUGAAAAUCAACAUAGACCGAUCGAAAUGAAGAAGAGGGACUUUGCAGAGGAAGCAUCAACAGUAGCUGAGGGCCAUUUUGCGUGCCAACCUUGAAGAGGAUCAUGUGCCAACUGGAGUGUCCUUAAGAAGUUUU